UCUCACCUUUUACACGAUGUCAUCCGGAAAAUCAUCGUCUUCGGUGUUUCCGAUGGAAAAAUUAGUGCGAGUCGGUUAUUACGAGUUAGAGAAGACAAUCGGAAAAGGAAAUUUCGCCGUCGUUAAGUUGGCCACGCACAUAGUUACCAGAACGAAGGUGGCUAUUAAAAUAAUCGACAAGACUGCUUUAGACGAAGAGAACUUAACCAAAAUCUUUCGGGAGACCGCAAUUUUAAAGAAACUCCGCCACCCGCACAUCACCCGGCUCUAUCAAUUAAUGGAAACGGACCAAACUAUCUAUAUGGUCACGGAAUACGCCAGUAAAGGAGAAAUUUUCGAUUUGGUCGCUUCGAAAGGGAGGAUGCCCGAACCGGAAGCGAAGAGGAUCUUUUCGCAAAUCGUUUCCGCCUUAUCCUACUGUCAUCUGCAGGGCGUUGUUCACCGCGAUUUAAAAGCGGAAAAUUUGCUUUUAGAUCAUAACAUGAAUAUAAAAAUUGCCGAUUUUGGUUUUAGCAACCAAUUCACUGAUGGGUGCUUACUUUCCACAUUUUGUGGAUCUCCACCGUACGCCGCACCAGAAUUAUUCCAAGGAUUAAAUUAUGAUGGCCCAAAAGCCGAUAUUUGGAGCCUUGGCGUUGUCCUCUACGUUAUAGUUUGUGGCUCACUCCCUUUCGAUGGAAGAACAUUACAAGCGUUAAAAAACGUCGUUAUUGAAGGAAAAUUCCGAAUACCUUACUUCAUGACUGAAGAAUGCGAACAUUUAAUUCGUCACAUGUUAGUGGUCGACCCCGAAAAGCGAUUAACAAUAUCCCAAAUCGAAAAGCACCCUUGGUUAAUGGACUCCCCGAUCGUUGACACUGGCCCCGAAUGGGAAGCGCAACAACAAAUCAACCUAACCGUAAUCGAUCAUAUGAUGCAAUUACCCGGAUUAUCCCAAGGAAUGAUUUUAUCAUCGCUUCGAGCGAACUCUUUCGAUCAUAUUUACGCUAUUUAUAAUUUAUUGGUAGAUAAAUUGCAUCAACGGACGAUUAAGUUUCAAAAAAAUUCUCAACCGCAUCAAAAAUUGUUAAACGCGAAUAACAAAAUUAACGAACGGAGUGAGUCGUUUAACGAGGAAUUAGUAACGAAUUUAAUCGGUGAGAUAAAUAGUAAAUCUAGUGAGAUUUCGCGGUUUUCCGAUCACCAACAGAAUCAGCAACAACCGUUGAAUUAUCGUCGAGAGAGUUUUAACGAAAAUUGUUUACGCUCGGUUCGCGAUGAAGUUAAGGAACGUAGGAAGUCGUUGAAUGAGCCCCCGGAUGAAGUGGGGAGUCCCUUCGUGUCGAUGCCCGCCGUGUACUUCGUGGGGGAAAACCAAGAAAAUCAACCUUUAGAGAAAUUCGGCGAGAUGGAUUUAGAUCAACCCGAUGAAUCUCAUUCGUUAACCGUGCCAACGACGGGGUAUGGAAGCUUCUUAUCAGGUUCUGGAGAUCGAUAUUUAACAGUGAGGAGACACACAGUUGGUCCUGGAGAUACCGCGCAUGAACAGGUGUUGGAAAAUCAUUAUUUAGUGACACCUCAAGAUGUGGGGGUAACUGGAGGGAGGAUUUUACCACACACUAAUCUUCCAUUGCAUCUCCCCCUUUUGGGGCAACAAAAUCCGCAUUAUUUUAGCGCGAAGGAUCCGCAUUUAUUAAAACCACCGACGGUUAUGAAUGCUGCUGGAGGUUUUGGACGAAGAGCUUCAGAUGGCGGUGCUAAUUUACACAUGGCGUGGGGAACCCCCGGAUCUCACGAACAACUCAGCGGGAUGUCCACAAGUUCAAGCGGAAACCCUAGUUUAAGUAGUGGGGCCACCCAAACGAUAAACGAUCAACAACCCGCUUUAUUAGACGAAGCUGUAUCGCGUUACAUGCAAUCUCGAGGAAACGCUAAACGCCACACGAUGGCUAAUCCCGAAGACGUUCAUAAUCUGCAAUCUUCCGGUGCGGGAGGAAGUGGUGGAGGUUCGGGGAGUCGGACGAGACGUACUGGGUUAUUAACUGUUAUGGAACGACCUCCAGUAAUCUCACCCGAGUUAAUAAGAGAAGUCGAGGCCAGGAUGAAUCGUAAUUAUAUGCCUCCGAUGAUGCCUCCGCACGUACGGAAACAUUCCAGGCACGCUGUUAAACCCCAUUUAUUGCCCACUGUACAAGAAUUACAAGGUCGAGAACAAAAAUCGUCGGAACGUUUUAGCCCCGUUCGAAGAGGAAGUGAAGGUUCAAACAGUGGGAAUCGCACUCACAGCCCUUCGACGCCCCAACAAGAAUGUCAACGUCUCCAACGUGGUUUAGCACCCCGCGCGAGCCCCCCCAGAUCAAUCCCCGGCUCUCCAAUUCAUCAAAUGUCGUCAUCAUCAUCAUCGAGCGACCGCCAUCCAAUUAGUAACGAAUCAACAUCUCCAAUUCACCAAAUUUAUUCGAAUUACCAAGAAACCCCAUCCCACGAUUACCACCGUUACGUCACCGGUCGAGAUCAUAAUUUCAAACUAUCAGAAUCGACUUUAAUCCCCCCAGAAACGUUUCAAAGCACCCCUUAUUUCGAUAUGAAUAUGAAAGGAUUUAAUUCAGGGACGAUUUCUCCGUACGGCGGUGGAGGAGGGGGGAGUUCGAGUGGGUUGGGGUCCCCGAUUCACCACCAAAAUUUAUUUCCUAUUCACGGAAUUAAUUUUUCGCAAGCAUCGGGGUCAUCUCCGAUUUUAAAACCAUUAUUAAGUCCAAAUUCGUCCCCUUCCUUUGGAUUUUCUUCAAAUCACCAAACUCCGUCGAGUGUCUCGUCGAUUACUCAAGGAAUUUCCGGUUUAAACACAACCUGUGGAGCGGGGUGUGGCGGUGGAGUUGGUUCGAUAACCCAAGGGACUCCGACGACUUCAAAUUUACAAUUGGAGUUGCGGAAUCAAAUUUGUUGUGAUGAUAAGAUUGAGAAUGUUGUGUAUGGAGGGGCGGGGUAUCAAGGGAACUUUUUGCAUCAAAACGUUCCGCAUCAUAUGCACCAUAUUUAUAAUCAUCGGAGUUUAACGAAUUCGCCGAUUAGUAAUCCGGGGAGUCCCGGGUUAGAUAUGAUUCAAGAGGAAGUCCCCGGGAAUGUUGGAAGCGGGAAUGGAAGCGUUGUUUUGGUGAGAUCGGAUCAAAACUCCGUGUGUCACCCCCAAAUUUCGGUCACCGACGAAGAUGGAAGUAAAGUAACUUUAGUGGCCGGAUCUGAUACAUCAGAAGAUUCCAUGGAUAGUUUGGAGAAUCAGAGGGUCUCAAAAAUACCUUCUUUUUUAAUUUCGGAACCAUCCGAGAAUCUCCCAUCAAUAACAAAAGGAAUUGGGCGUAAAAUAAGCUCGGAAAACGACGAUCAAAAAUAUCACAGAAGAAAUUCUGAUAAAACUUCGAUUUAUUCAGAUGAUUCUUUAUCAAACGAUAGUUUUAGUGUUGGUAAUCAAAGCCCGAAUUCAUCAAAUCAAAAUGAUACUUUUCAAGAAGGAUAUCAAGAUCAAGAAGAAGAAAUAUCUGAGGCGAGUUUUCAAAUUUUUGGGAAUUUAACUUUUGAUGAUUCAACGUCGAAAUCGGGGUCUUUCGAGUUACCUUUACCGGAAGUUUGUUCGAAUCUAGAAACGAGUGAUAUUUUGGAAUUAGUUAAAAGAACGAUUACGGAUCAGAUCCCCCCGAAAAUGUGCGCUUCGCAUUCGGACGAAGAUUUCUCUGAGAAAUUAUCGUUGGAGUACGAAGGUGGGAUUCAAAUCGAAUUGAAAGUUAUCGAUCGGCAGAAAGCGUCGAAGGGGAUUAAAAUGAGGAGGAUUUCCGGUGAUCAUUUGGUUUAUAACCAAUUGUGUCAACAGUUGAUUUCGUGUAUGACGGUUUCGUAGCAUUUUUAAUUACUUUUUUUUAUAGAUCUCAAAUCUUAAGAUUCUAAGAUACUUUUAAUUCCAUGAUUUUACAUUCCAAGCUAAAUUUUAAAUUAAAAUUUUCUUUUUUUUUUUAAUUGUAAAUAUGUGUGUAAAUAAGGACGAUUUAAAAGAAAAAGGAAAAUAUUGAAAGACUUUUCGCACAAGAACAUAACCUUAUUCAUUCUUUUUUUUUGUAGGUUAUAUUUUUGUAUAAAAAAGUAAGGUUACAUUCCGAUAGUUUUAAUGAAAGU